AUGCAGAACGGGGAACAGCGCCAGCAGGCCAGCGGACCAGUCACCACGCUAUUGCCACCGCCGAAAGCCCUGGACACCACAGGAGACGUAUGGCGAAGCUGGAAGACAUGGCGGCAAGAGUUCGAGCUCUUCGCAACGGCAACAUACCUGAACCAGCAACCGAAAGAGGUACAGGCAGCCACCUUUCUUAUGAUUAUCGGAGAGGACGCACGCAAGACGUACAGCACUCUUGAUUUUGCAACUGACGAAGAGAAGUCGGACGUAGAAGUACUGAAAAUGAAGUUUGAGGCAUUUUACAAACCAGCUCUAAACUUAGCCUACCAUGAGUUCCGCUUUGGAAAGUGCGACCAAAAGGACGGUGAAAGUUUCAAUGACUGGCUGACAGACCUCAGAGUGCUAGCAAAAAGCUGCGAGUUUGGGCAGCUUGAAGAGCGUAUGCUGAGAAGCCGUAUUAUUCUCGGAAUUAGAGAUAAAAAGCUGCAAGAAAAGCUAAUCUCCGAAAAUGCUUCUUUCACGAAGACCGUAGAAAUGUGUCGCUCUCGUGAACAUGGCAAAGAACAGUGUGAAGAGAUACAGGCGCGCCCGAAAAGCGAUUACGCAGCCGAGAUGAACGCGCUAUCUGAAGCGAAAGACGACCGCUGGACGGCCACCGUUGAGAUAGAAGGAAAGCCUAUUUUUUGCAAGUUAGACACAGGCGCAACAUGCUCGGUUAUAGCACGCAGCCAGCUGCAGAAAAUAACAAACAAGCAGCCACUUGAUUGCAACGUUGUUUUAAACACAUUUUUUGGCUUCCAGAAAAAAGCGACGAAACAAGUUCGUCUUGAAGUGGCAACGAGAGAAAGCAAGAUUCUGACAGAGUUUUUCGUCGUGGAUGACGAAAUCGCCGUGACCUUGAGCGGUACAGUUGCCGAAGAGCUUGGCUUGCUCCAACGUGUCUGCUCUGUCGACCAACUAGAGCUUUACGGCACUGCCAAGCCUUACGAAGACGUGUUUGAAGGUCUGGGUCAACUGGAGGGUAUUGUCUACCAUCUAAAGCUCAAGCCCGGGUCCCAGGGAGUAGUGAAACCAGCACGGCGGAUUCCAAUAGCAUUGCAAAGCAAGGUGAAAGCUGAGCUCGACCGCAUGGAGACUGCUGGAGUCAUCGUGAAAGUGACCGAGCCGACAGAGUGGGCCAGCAACAUGGUCGUUGUUACAAAAGGAGAGAAGGAGUCCGUCCGGUACUUGGGACACAUUUUGACGCGCGACGGCCUGAGCCUGGAUCCACAGCGGCUAGAAGACAUCUUGCAAGUCCAGACGCCAAGCAACCAGAAAGAGCUGCAGACGUUCCUGGGCAUGGUUUCAGACAGACGGCUGAGCCAAGUUCUACAAGAGACCGACCAGGACCCUGUGAUGGUGAAACUUCGACAGUACGCAAGCAGUCAGUGGCCGGAGAGCAAAGCUGACGUCAGCAGCGAGCUACGAUGCUACUGGAGCUUCCGCGACGAGCUGCAUACGCAAGAUGGCCUUGUAUUCAGGAGCAACCGCCUCAUCAUUCCGGCCAAGAUGCGCAGCGAAGUUCUUGCCUGCCUUCAUGCAGCGCAUGGGGGAGCAGAAAAAAUGAAAGCACGUGCUCGAGCUGUACUUUUUUGGCCUUCUAUAAACAGCGAUCUAGAGGAAGUUGCUCGACGCUGUGAGACCUGCCAAAAGCACAAGCCACGAAAUCGGCGCUUGCCAUUGAUGAACCAUGAAAUUCCUAGCCUACCCUGGGAAGUUGUGGGAGCCGACAUAUGCUAUCACAAUGCUACCGAGUACUUGGUGGUUGUUGACUUUUAUUCUUUCUUUUUCGAAAUCAGGCCCGUGAAGACGACAGCCGACAAGGUGAUUGCUGCCUUCGCAGACAUAUUCGCCACUCAUGGCUUCCCGCAGCGCCUAUGCACGGACAAUGGACCGCCAUUCAGCAGCCAGGACUUUCGUGAAUUUGUCGGUAAGAUUAGCUUGCACCAUGUUCGCUCCAGCCCCUAUCACCCUCGAUCAAACGGAAUGGCUGAACGUGCGGUGCAAGAAGCCAAAAAAUUGCUGAAGAGGUAUCGGUACGGCACAGUGGAUUUUUGUGCUGCAUUGCUUGAAUGGAGAAACACUCCUCGCGAUUCCUAUUUGAAAUCUCCAAUGCAGAGACUCAUGGGCCGAAAUGCGAGGACGCUGCUGCCAGUCACGGAAACCCACCUGCGACCGCAGACCAUACCGCCAGAGGAGGUUCAACGGCGGCUCCACGUCAUCAGAAGUAGACAACGUUCCUACUACAACAGGGGUACAAGGCCGCUACCAGGACUUCCUGAGGGCUCCCGCGUCACAGUGUACAACGUACCAUCAAAGACCUGGUCCCCUGCUACGGUUAUCAAGCCUGCCAACAGUCCGAGAGCCUACAUUGUUGAGACCGAAGAUGGACUCCAGUUGCAGCGCACCAGAGAACAUCUCCGUCUGGCCCCCACUCCACUGGUGCCCCCCACACAAGAACAUCAAGCUGACGUGGGCCCCGCCGAGCCACAACUACGCAGAAGCGAACGCAAUCGCCGGCCACCGCAAAGAUACCCCAUGCCGGAACUUUAGUCUUUUUGUUUGUUUAAGAAGGGAGAUGUGACAGUCAUGCACACGUGCGCCAGAUUGGGGGCAACGCCCCUCGGCAUAGAAUGUAUAUAUGAGAGCGCUAUCGUUCAAUAAACGUUCUUUCGACGCACAUGACCCGUGCAAGCCACACUA